AUGAGGAAACGUUUAGUGCAAAUAUUUGGCUUCUUGAUUUCAUCCCUGGGAUGGGUGUUUGUGCUGUGCACCAUAGCCAUGGACUACUGGAGGAUCACCCAAUUAGGAGGACAAGGAGGCUCCUUCAUCAUUAGGGUGGCCUGGUACUGGUCCAACCUGUGGAAGGAUUGUUUCACUGAUUCUACAGCUGUCACCAACUGUAGAGACUUCCCAGUGCUCUGGACUGUCACCCCUUUCAUCCAGGGAGUGCGAGGAUUGCUGAUGUGCGGGGUAACUCUUGGAUUCUUUGGUGUAGUACUUUGCUUUCUAGGGAUGGAGUGCACUUACAUUGGUGGAGCUGAUAAAACCAAGGACAAAAUGCUUCUUGCCGGAGCAGCGUUUCAUUUUGCUGGUUGUGUGUCAGAUAUUUCUGCCUACUGCUUAUACAUCAACAGGAUUGCCAGAACAACCUUUGCUGCCAGUGUAGGACCAGGAGUCUUACGGUAUGACCUAGGACCUCCAAUAUUUCUUGGAUUGGUGGGAUGUUUUUUCAUCUUGUUGGGAGCUGUGUUUUAUGCUGUGACAGUCUGGCGAGUAAUCUGCCCUGAAAGUAAAGUGGCAUAUGCCUAUGGCGGAGGCACAUACAUGGUCCCUCGCUCCAAAGGAGGAACGUACACUGGAUACUACAGGCCGUCCUGGCAGUAUGGAUCUUAUCUAGGUUCGGGACGGUCCAACAGCUCCAAGAUCUCCAAGCUGUCUCAGACGACGCCGACAAAAAUCUCAGAAAGAGAUGUAUUUGUGUAG